ACACACACAUACAAAAAAAAAAAAAACUCGCGAGUGACGACGCGAGCCGUGCACGGGCUGUGGCGCCGACGAGAGAGAGUCCGCGGAAAGGAGUGGCCGAGGCUCGCCGGGGAAGACGACGACGACACGAGGCCGCCAGAUCAUCGCCCCGAGCGCGGAAGUAUCUCCGUCCGUUUCACCAACCGUUCGGACGGGAUGCACGGCGCGGGAAAGGGGGAGGUACUCUCCUCCUCCCCCGCCAACGUGGACUCGUCGGCCCGCAACCCGACGAGGUCGCCGUCGCCGUCGCCCUCCGCGUCCGCACCCGACACGGUGCGCAGAACGUGGCGCCCCACUUGUGGCGCUCCAUCGCUCGCCGUUGCCUACUUAGCCACCAGCUCCGCGCCGCUGAAGGGCUGAAUCGGAGCGGCGGCGAUGAUGAGGCCCAGACCCUUCGGUUCCGGUGUGGCGUCGGCGGCCGCGGCCGAGGCUUCGGUGGGCGCGGGGUGCCGCGGCGGCUGGGCGUGGAGGCCGAGGCCGAGGGCGCGGCCGGGGCAGCGCGUGAGGGUCAGGGGGACGCCUAGCCCCCACGCGGCCGCCGCGGCGAGCGCCGUGCACGCCGAGCCGCACCACGGCGUGCGGUUCCGCCCAUUCGGUCUGCCCCGCGAGGGAUUCGGGUCGGACCUGGAGGCGGGCAUCGAGAAGGUCAUCUACGCCUGCCGCUUCAUGGCCUUCCUCGCCAUCGCCGGAUCUCUCGCCGGAUCCGUCCUCUGCUUCCUCAAGGGCUGCACUUUUGUGAUGGACGCCUUCGUGGAGUACUACUUGCGCGGGGAUGGGAAGGUCGUGCUCAUGCUGAUUGAAGCCAUUGAUAUGUAUCUCAUCGGCACCGUCAUGUUUGUCUUCGGGACGGGCCUGUACGAGCUGUUCAUCAGUAACAUGGACAUUGCAAAACAGUCCCAUGACCGCUCCAGCCUCUUUGGCUUGUUCAAGCUUCCGGAACGGCCCAAGUGGCUGGAAAUCCGCUCGGUGAGUGACCUCAAGACAAAGCUGGGUCAUGUAAUCGUCCUGGUUCUGCUGGUUGGCAUCUCCGAGAAGAGCAAGAGGGUGACCAUCACGUCGUGUACUGACCUCUUCUGCUUCGCUGGAUCUAUCUUCCUCUCUUCAGGUUGCCUCUACCUACUAUCCAAGCUCGGUAGCACCAAAGGAGGGAGUCAUGCCUGAAACAGAAAAAUCUUCUUCAUAAGACAUACUCCCUUCAUUCCUAAAUAUAAGUCUUUCUAGAGAUUCCACUAUAGACUAGAUACGGAGCAAAAUGAAUGAACCUAUACUCUAAAAGACGUCUAUAUACAUCAUGUAGUCUUCUAGUGGAAUCUCUAAAAAGGACUUAUAUUUAGGAACGGAGGGAGUAGAUCUGGUGUGUGUCCUUUUCGGCACUCCAGGUUGUCUAUGCCUCAUGUACUGCUUGUAUGGAUUGACAUUAGGCACUAUAUAGUGGUAUAUAUAGUGAUGUACAUCGUCUGAUAUUGUAACUUGCUGCUAAGAUGGUGUCUAUGAUCAAUAACAGAUAUAUUGUGCCAUGAA